AUGUGCACGCUCGCGGGACGCGCUGCCCGCCGGGAGGCGUGACGCGUUCUCACGUGACGUCGCAGCACCUGCCGGCCGCACGUCUGCACCGUGGUUGUGACAUCGCUCAAGACUGAACGACACCCAGCCGGUUGUGAAAGAAGUGUCUCGCACAAACACUUUGGGACUGUAUUUCGCUGCGGACGGCUCCUAGGAGAGGUCCGCGUCUAGCUUUCAGGUUGUGCUCAGAUUUGACAAGUCCAGUGUUUUACAAGGAUUUCAUUGUUGACGGCAGGGGCGUGAGAGUGUCAGUGUCAACUGUCAAUCAAGAAUACAUUCUUCCGAGAGUGCGCCGCUGGGUAACGCAUUUGGUGAUUCCAAUGGACUGAUCUGGUGAUUGACAAGGGUAUUACGUCGAAGAAGGACGUAUUUUUCUCAGAUGCCAUCGUCUUAUUUUCGUAUUUGGCGCAUAUACAAUGAUCUUGUGUACCUGUCAGUGACAUUGCCAUUGUAGUUGUGUGAAUUUUUGCUGUUAAAUGUCGCUCCCCUGCACUAUUUCUAAAAGGAGUGUCUUUUCUGUGACCAUCAUCGAUACCAGUGCCAGUAUUAUCGAGAACUGUCAGUAGGGUGACAGCUCAGCUAAAGUACUGUGUGAAUCUCAUUGGACUAGGCCUUUGCUUUAGCUGAUUACGUUGGACUAAUUGGUCUCGUCAACGACAACAGCAUUUCGUCACAGAAGGCCCACUUUUCUCAGGUGUUCUCCAGACUUCUUUGCAUUUGACGAAUGACCAGUGAUGUCGUGCACCUACCACUGACACUACAAGUGCGUACAAUUUCCUCCGCUAUUACUGUAACGAGAAGUGCCCACCAGCAUCAGUACCCAGUGUCGGCAAGUACGAUUGGGAGCUGUCAGUGAGCAACUGGGUUUUCUGGAAGCAGGGUGACCAGUCUCGCUGAGGAGAGUGCUGUGCUGACUGGGGAGGUCUCCACUCUUAGGAUCGUCGCCGUCGUCGGACAGUAGCGGUCGCAGUCGCACAGUAGUAGCCAGUGGUACCGCUUCGGCCCGGGCGGAGGAGCGCGGACCGGCGGCGCGCCGACCCGUUGCGCAAGCGAGCAGCGAGCAGCGAGCGUCGCCCCAAAUGCAUCUGCCGGGCUUGCUGGCGACGGUGACCCCCGCGAGCGGCGACGACGCGGCUGCCAGCCUGUGCAAGAAGCCCGGCGCCAUGACGGAGCAGCAGCUGCCCGCCGCGGCCACCGCCGACGACCUGUGGUGGACGGAGCGCGUGCUGGCCGACGCGCAGGCCGAGCACCCGGGCGAGCUGGUGCGCACCGGCAGCCCCAACCUGCUCUGCACCGCGCUGCCCAACCACUGGCGCUCCAACAAGACGCUGCCCGUCGCCUUCAAGGUGGUCGCCCUCGGCGACGUCGUCGACGGCACCGUCGUCACGGUGCGCGCCGGCAACGACGACAACUUCUGCGCCGAGCUGCGCAACUGCACCGCCGUCAUGAAGAACCAGGUGGCCAAGUUCAACGACCUGCGCUUCGUCGGCCGCAGCGGCAGGGGGAAGAGCUUCAGCCUGACCAUCACGGUGAACACGACGCCGCCGCAAGUGGCCGUGUACAGCAAGGCCAUCAAGGUGACCGUGGACGGGCCGCGCGAGCCGCGAUCCAAGACCCGGCAACAGCAGCAGAUCCGCGCCAUCGCGUUCGGACAGCGGCCCUUCCUCGAUGCGACGCCCUUCAACCACUUGCGGGACCUGGAGUAUCGGCGCAAGAGCGGCGACUCAUCUUCGUCCUCGUCGACCGGGUUCAAGGUGCCCGAGCCGUCCACACCGCUGCAAGACACGACGAACACUGGGGGCGGCGUGGGCGGAUCGUGCUCGGCAGCGGAGGCGGUGGGCGGCGGCGGGGCCAUGGCGGCGCCGUGGGGCGGCUACGGCUGUUCCUCUACGUACGCCAGCUACUCGCCCCUGCAGCCCACCUUCUCCUACACUGGAGCCGACAUCGCUUCAGCCUCCGACCCUUCUGGAAUCAGCCAUUUACCCACAGUCUUGCCGGACCACGCGGCGGCGAGCGGCGGCGCCGGCAGCAGCAGCGGCGCCAGCGGCGAGUACGGCAGUAUGUUCUCCAAGAGCCCGCCGGCGGGGGCGGGGCCGGGCGGGGGCGGCGGAGGCGGCGAGCUGGAGCCGCUGUCGUGCGCGGGCGGCAUCGUGCCCACCGCGGGCCUGCCGCCGCAGCCCGCCGCCUCGCACUCGCCCUACAGCACAACAGCGCCCGGACUCAGCUGUGGCGGCACGACGUACCACCACCCGGCGGCGGCGGCCGGCUGGCCGGGCCACCAGGCCGGCUCGUUCAUGCCCCACCACCACCACCACCCCCACCACCACCCCAACAACUACAACUACUACGGCGCGGCCCAGCCGGCGCCCGGCCCGUACCUCAACCCGCCGCCGCCCACCGCCGUGGCCGCCGCCGCGCCGCCGCCCCCGCCUCCGCCGCCGCCCCCGCCCACCAUGCUGGUGUACCCGCACCUGUACUCGACGGUCAACCAGAACCAGAUCCACGUGCACCUGCACGCCGACCGGGACUACGCGCACGACCCGGAGGCGGCGGCGGCCGCCGCUCGCGCACUCGACGGCCUCGUCGUCUCGUCGCACGACGCCUCGCCGCCCGGCGACGUCAUCAACAGGUAUCCGGACCGGCACGCCGACCAGUCCGUCUGGAGGCCCUACUGA